AUGUCUGAAUCAACUAUUGUCCUUAUUACAGGUGCCAAUUCAGGUGUGGGCUAUGCAACAGCUGAAACCAUUGCAUCUCAGCCAGGCUACCAUGUAAUCCUGGCCUGUCGAGACCUUUCAAAGGCAAAUCAGGCACGGUCUGAACUUGAAGCUACCAAUAUUCAAGGAACACUUUCCGUUCUUCAACUGGAUGUCGAGGACGACAUUUCGAUCUCCAAGGCAGUUAAUUCUGUUUCUGAACAAUUCGGUCGAGUCGACGUCUUCAUCAGUAAUGCAGGCACAACUUCACCUGGUUCUACUGGACGGGAUAGGCUUCAAAAGAUAUUCUCUACAAACGUUUUCGGUGCGAUGCUUGUCUCGGAGGCUUUUAUCCCCCUUCUCCUUCAAUCCAGUCGUCCGUGCCUGAUUCAAAUAUCGAGCGCAUUAGGCUCGGUCGGACUUGCAACCGAUCCAUCGAGUGAGCACAGUAUACCCCCGUGGGAUGAAUACCGCAUGAGCAAAGCUGCAUUGAAUAUGAUGACAAUUCAGAUGAAUAAGCGACUGAAGGACCAAAAUGUGCGAGUCUUCGCCUUCUGCCCCGGCCUUGUGCGAUCAAAGUUGAGAGGUGAAUCUGAGGAAGCAGUCAGUGCUCAAGGGCAUGCCGGAGACCCCAUGGAAUCUGGAAAAGCCAUUCUGGACAUUGUAGCCGGGCGCAGAGAUGAAUAUGCUGGCCAAUUUGUUUGGAAAGACGGAUUUUAUCCUUGGUAG